AUGGCGCGCGCGCCAAGGUGCCGGGCCGUGCGCGCCCUGCUGCGCAGUCGCUACCGCGAGGUGGUGCCGCUGGCGACUUUAGCGCGGCGCCUGGGGCCCCCGGACUGGCGGCUGGUGCGGCGCGGGGACCCCGCGGCCUUCCGCGCGCUCGUGGCCCGGUGCCUGGUGUGCGUGCCCUGGGACGCGCAGCCGCUUCCCGCCGCCCCGUCCUUCCGCCAGGUGUCCUGCCUGAAGGAGCUGGUGGGCAGGGUCGUGCAGCGGCUCUGCGAGCGCCGCACUAGGAACGUGCUGGCCUUCGGCUUCGCGCUGCUGGACGGGGCCCGUGGGGGGCCGCCCCUGGCCUUCACGACCAGCGUGCGCAGCUACCUGCCCAACACGGUGACCGAGACGCUGCGCGGCAGCGGCGCGUGGGGGCUGCUGCUGCACCGCGUGGGCGACGACGUGCUCGUGCACCUGCUGGCGCGCUGCGCGCUCUACGUGCUGGUGGCCCCGAACUGCGCCUACCAGGUGUGCGGGCCGCCCCUGUACGAGCUCUGCGCCUCCGCAGACGCCCGGCUCGCUGCGCCCCCCAGCCACCGGCCCACGCGACAAACGGGAGGGAACCGAAUGGGCCUCAGGUCCACGCGCCCGGUCGGGAGCGGCAGCGACGUGGAGGCUCGGGGACCCCUGGGCCUGCCAGCCCGGGGUGCGAGGCGGCGUCGGGGCAGCGCGGGGGGACGUCCGCCUUUGGCCAAGAGGCCCAGGCGUGGGCCGGCCCCUGAGCCGGGGCUGGGGGCGGAGGCACGUGGGCCAGGUGGCCCCGAUCCCCGCGCGGUGACAACUACCAGAGUGGCGGCGGAAGCCGUGCCUUCGGGGGCUGAGCCGUCAGGGACCCGUCGCUCCUCCCGGUCGGGGAGCGAGGCCGGCGCCCCGUCCCCCGGGCGGUCACCACGUGCCCGAGUGUACACCGAGACCAAGCGCUUCCUCUACUGCUGCUCGGGCGGCGGGGAGCGCCUGCGCCCCUCCUUCCUGCUCAGCUCCCUGCGGGCCAGCCUGGCGGGCGCCCGCACGCUCGUGGAGACCAUCUUCCUCGGCUCGACGCCGCGCGGGACGCGCCGCCUGCCCCCGCGCUACUGGCGGAUGCGGCCCCUGUUCCGGGAGCUGCUCGGGAACCACGCGCGCUGCCCCUACGGCGCGCUGCUCAGGACGCACUGCCCGCUGCACGCCGCGGCCGCCCCCGGCCUGGUGCAGCUGCUGCGCCAGCACAGCAGCCCCUGGCAGGUGUACGCCUUCCUGCGGGCCUGUCUGCGCCGCCUGGUGCCCGCCGGCCUCUGGGGCUCCAGGCACAACGAGCGCCGCUUCUUGAGGAACGCCAAGAAGCUGGUGUCUCUGGGGAAGCACGCCAGGCUGUCGCUGCAGGAGCUGAUGUGGCGGGUGAAGGUGCAGGACUGCGCCUGGCUGCGCAGGAGCCCAGGGCAUGGCUGCGUCCCGGCUGCGGAGCACUGCUUGCGGGAGGCUAUCCUGGCCAAGUUCCUGUACUGGCUGAUGGACACGUAUGUGGCCGAGCUGCUCAGAUCAUUUUUUUAUGUCACGGAGACCACGUUUCAGAAGAACAAGCUCUUCUUCUACCGGAAGAGUGUCUGGAGCAAGCUGCAGAGCAUUGGCAUGAGACAGCACCUUGAGAGGGUGCAGCUGCGAGAGCUGUCGGCAGCAGAGGUCAGGCGGCACCGGGAAGCCUCACCCACCCUGCUGACGUCGAAACUGCGCUUCAUCCCCAAGCCCAACGGGCUCCGGCCAAUUGUGAAUAUGGACUAUAUUGUGGGAGCCAGAACAUUCCACAGAGAAAAGAAGGCCCAGCAGGUCAAGGCACAGGUCAGGACCCUGUUCAGCGUGCUCAACUACGAGCGGGGGAGGCGGCCUGGCCUCCUGGGGGCCUCCGUGCUGGGCAUAGAUGACAUCUAUAGGGCCUGGCGGGCCUUCGUGCUGCGCCUGCGGGCCCAGGACCCCACACCCAGGCUGUACUUCGUCAAGGUGGAUGUGACAGGGGCCUAUGACACCAUCCCCCAAGACAGGCUUGUGGAGGUGAUCGCCAGCAUCAUGCAGCCCCCGGAGAACACAUACUGCGUGCGCCGGUAUGCUGUGGUACAGAGAACAGCCCACGGGCACGUCCGCAAGGUCUUCAGGAGACACGUCUCCACCCUCACGGAUCUCCAGCCGUACAUGCAGCAGUUUGUGGAGCAUCUGCAGGAGACAGGCUCGCUGAGGGACGCCGUCGUCAUUGAGCAGAGCUCCUCUCUGAACGAGACCAGCCGCAGCCUUUUCAGUUUCUUCCUGCACUUCGUGCAUGACAACAUCAUCAGGAUUGGGGGCAGGUCCUACGUGCAGUGCCAGGGCAUCCCGCAGGGCUCCGUCCUGUCCACGCUGCUCUGCAGUCUGUGCUAUGGGGACAUGGAGAACAAGCUGUUUUCUGGGAUCCAGCAGGACGGGCUACUCCUGCGUCUGGUGGAUGACUUCCUGCUGGUUACGCCUCACCUCACCCAUGCAAAAGCCUUCCUCAGGACCCUGGUCAGAGGCGUCCCUGAGUACGGCUGCGUGGUAAACUUGCGGAAGACAGUGGUGAACUUCCCCGUGGAGGACGAUGCCCUGGGCGGUGCGGCCGUCCUCCAGCUGCCUGCGCACUGCUUGUUCCCCUGGUGUGGCCUGCUGCUGGACACCCGCACCCUGGAGGUGCUCUGCGACUACUCCAGCUACGCCCGGACCUCGAUCAGAGCCAGUCUCACCUUCAACUGCGGCUUCAGGGCCGGGAGGAACAUGCGUCGCAAGCUCUUUGGGGUCUUGCGGCUGAAGUGUCAUGGCCUCUUUCUGGAUUUGCAGGUGAACAGUCUCCAGACGGUCUUCAUAAACGUGUACAAGGUCUUCCUGCUGCAGGCCUACAGGUUCCAUGCAUGUGUGCUGCAGCUUCCAUUCAACCAGCAAGUUUGGAAGAACCCCUCGUUCUUCCUGCGGAUCAUUUCUGACACUGCCUCCCGCUGCUUCUCCAUUCUGAAAGCCAAGAACACAGGGACGUCAGUGGGGGCCAAGGGCACCUCCGGCCCGGUUCCCCGCGAAGCUGUGUGCUGGCUCUGCCAUCGAGCCUUCCUGCUCAAGCUGACGCAUCACCCUGUCACCUACAAGUGUCUCCUGGGCACACUCAGGACAGCCCAGAUGCGGCUGUGCAAGAAGCUUCCUGAGGCCACGAAGGCCAUGCUCGAGGCCGCGGCCAACCCAGCCCUGACCACAGACUUCAAGACCCUCUUGGACUGA